AUGACCGCCAACCACGAUGGCCGGCCGGACUCGGAUGCAACCGCAGCAGGCCUCCGGCAACGCCGCCCUUCGGUGUCGGAAACUAUCCUGACAACAGCCAAACAAGUCGAAGCCAAGGUCGAACAGGCACUCAUCGUGCUCUGGGACGAUUUGCCCACUUGGCGGCGCGACAACCACUUCAUCAAGCGCGGGUACAGGGUGGACAGCAACAGCUACUGGAAAUCCUUCGUCUCGCUCUUCUACAUUCACAAUGAAUCUGUCAACAUCUGGUCGCAUCUGCUGGGCGCCCUCGCCUUCCCCAUUGUCGGUGUCUGGCUGUACAACAUCGUUGCGCCCCGAUAUGGCUCGGCUAACAGUUCGGAUGUGCUCGUGUUCGGGUGCUUCUUCGGCGGCGCUGUCUUGUGUCUGGGCAUGAGCGGUAUGUACCAUACUAUCAUGAACCAUAGCCCUGAGGUGGCCAAGUGGGGGAACAAGCUGGAUUACUCUGGCAUUGUGUUUCUCAUCGAGGGGAGUUUCGUGCCGGCUAUGUACUAUGGGCUGUUUUGUCACGAGACGCUAAUGACCGUGUACUUAUACAUGAUCAUGCUCCUUGGUGCUGGAUGCGGAGUAGUCAGCUGGGUCGAGCGGUUCCGUACACCAGAAUGGAGACCUUACCGCGCCAUGAUGUUCGUCGGACUCGGCGUAUCAGGUAUAAUCCCAGUGUGCCACGCGCUGACCAUCUACGGUUACCAGGACCUCGAUGAACGCAUGGGAUUGAACUGGGUCCUGCUUCAAGGAUUUCUCUACAUAUUAGGGGCUGUCAUUUACGCCGUUCGGUGGCCGGAACGAAGCUUUCCGGAAACCUUUGACAUCUGGGGUAGCUCUCACCAGCUCUUCCACAUCCUCAUUUUGUUUGCUGCUGCUUCGCAUUUGGUUGGUAUGGCGAAGGCGUUUGAUUAUCAUCAUAAUGGCAUGGGAAGCCAAUGUCAGAGGUGUUAA